AUGGGACAGCUGGAACCCUUUCCUCUGCCAGCCUCCCCUGAGCUUGGCAAAGUCUCACUCAAGCAGGUCAUCUGCCUCCUUUGGGGAUUACAAUCACAAGUUGACUGCAUUGAGUGGACCCUCUUGGAACAAACCAGAAUUAGUCAAGAGAAUUGCACCAAUGUUGAGAACAUCUCACAAACAGUUGAUACUGUCAAGGAUGGGCUUGCCCAGCUCCAACUUGCCUGGGGUCCCCACACCCCAGAAGAACAAAAACCCCCUGCAGUCAAGGAAACUCCCAGGGCUGCGCCCAAAGCCAGACCUAUUGGCAAGGCUCAACCCUUCCUUGGGGCCCCAGCUCCUAUCAUCUCCACAUGUCACAACUCAGCUUGGACCUAUGGUUCAAGGGAUUUAAAGCCUGUGGCCCUAUCACCAAUGGACUAUGAGACAAAGAGGGGCAACAAGGGCCCAAGGGCUCCAGCAGCACCUGCAGGACCUCCACCAGCACCCCAAGUCACUUCAGCACCGCCUCCAGCCCCCUCUACUGUAAAGGUAGACCAUCCAGAUGCCUUCAAAGGCAAGAUUGGCUUGGAGGCCAAACAAUGGCUAACACAUAUGUUGGCCUGGGUUUGCCUUAACCAAAGGCAGUUUCCCUCAGACAUGGAGGUCCUAAGCUUCCUACUAAUGAAUAUGAUGGAAGCUGCCAGGGCCUGGGCCCAUCCCUACCUGGACCAACUAGGGUCCCAUUGCGCCAUCAUCCAGUCCAUGGAUGAUUUCAAAAUUGAGUUCCUGGCUUCCUUUGGCAACCCUGAUGCAAGAUAA